UGGCGCAAGAGAAGAGAUGCCAGAGUUGACUUUAAUUGUAAUGACUUUAGUGGGGUCCUGAGAGCCAUUCAUUGGAACCUUAUCUGCCAUUAGUACAACAAAGAAAGCAAUACAGUGAAAUUGAGCAGCAACCUUGUUUUUCUUUUGGGCAUCAAUCCAAGCCUUCAUACAAAAAAAAAUUCCUCUCACUUCCAAAUCAGAAAGCAGACAAUACAGUAAAAUUGAGCAGGAACUAAGAACAAAUGAGCCCAUUCCAGAGAAGUCUAGCAAUCCUUCUUUCAAGCUCUUUUUUCUUGUACCUUGUAUUCAUUUUGAUCAAGUUCCUGUACAAAGUAUGGUGGACUCCAUUCCGGAUACAGUCUCUCAUGGCUUCCCAGGGUAUCAAAGGUCCUCCUUACAGAUUCCUGCAUGGAAACACUAAAGCAAUUCACAGGAUGAAACAAGAAUCAUUAGCCAGACCCAUGAAGCUUCUAUCACAUGACAUAUUCUCCUAUACCCAGCCUCACCUACACUCAUGGUUCAAGAAAUAUGGGGUGAAUUUUCUUGUUUGGUUUGGUCCUCAAGCGUCCCUGGUAGUUUCAGAACCGGAGAUGAUCAAAGAGAUACUGAAAAAUAAAGAUGGAGAUUAUCCAAAAAUAGAUGUCAAUCCUUAUCUGAAAAAGUUACUAGGAAAUGGCGUCGCGUCAUCCAAUGGUGAAAAAUGGGUUAAAAUGAGGAAACUCGUGAGCCAUCCUUUUCAUGCAGAAAGCAUAAAAAAUAUGAUACCGGCUAUGAUUGCUAGUACUGAAAUGAUGCUGGAGAGGUGGAAAACUCAUGAAGGCAAAGAAAUAGACGUGUUUGAAGAAUUUCAGCUAUUCACGUCUGAAGUGAUUUCAAGGACUGCUUUUGGAAGUAGUUACAUAGAAGGGAAAAACAUUUUUGAGAUGUUAAGCAAGUUGGGUGCCAUAAUAUCAAGAAAUGCUCAUAAAGUCAGAUUUCCAGGCAUCAGUAAGAUAUAUAAAAGUAGAGAUGAAAUUGAAGCACAGAAGCUGCAAGAAGGAAUAAGAGAAUCCAUACUAGAGAUAGUUCAAAAGAAAGAAGAGAAUGUGAGGUCAGAAAAACUCGAUGACUUUGGAAAUGAUUUUCUUGGGGUUUUGAUGGAGGCAUUUCAUGAAAAGAACGAAUCGAAGAAAAUUUCAGUUGCAGAUUUGAUUGAUGAGUGCCAGACAUUUUAUAUGGCUGGACAAGAAACAACAAACGCCUUGCUUGCUUGGACUAUCAUGCUCCUAGCAAGCCACCCAGACUGGCAAGAGGAAGCAAGAAAGGAGGUGCUCAUGAUUUUUGGCCAGCAGAAUCCAAAUUCAGAUGGCAUUGCAAAACUAAAGAUAAUCGGUAUGGUGAUAAAUGAAACACUACGGCUAUAUCCUCCUGCUUUGGGGUUCCAUAGAAAAGCCAAUAGAGAAGUUCAACUAGGAAAACUCACUCUGCCUGCUGGUAUCCUGUUUCAUAUCCCAAUUCUAGCACUUCAUAAUGACUCUAAUAGAUGGGGAGAAGAUGCCCAUUUAUUUAAACCAGAGAGAUUCUCAGAAGGGGUUGCUAAAGCAACAAACAAUGACAUGGCUGCAUAUUUUCCAUUCGGCAUUGGGCCUCGAAUUUGUGUGGGCAUUAAUUUUGCCAUCCAUGAAGCAAAAAUUGCUCUCUCAAUGAUAUUACAGCGCUACAGCUUCACUCUCUCCCCGGCUUAUGUGCAUGCCCCACAACAAGUUCUUACACUUCGUCCAAAGCAUGGAGUUCAGGUAAUUCUUCACUCAUUGAAGAGCUAAGAUUAGAGUUUUUGUUACAAUGUGCACUCAAGUUCAGAAGAUCUUUGUGGAAAUCAUGUAACAAAGAAGCUUUGGAUAACGCAACUAAGAUUACUAGUAUUAUAUGUCCAAAUGGUAAGCUUGUAUUAUGUCUUUCUUGGUUAAAAAAAAAAAAAAGAAUAAAAGGUGACACCAACUAUUCAGACCAA